CACCCUGCUCGACCCGUUCAAGGAAGAUCAGUCUUUUAGCGCAUGCAUAAAUAAUAUGCGACAGGAGGAUAAUAUGGAAAAAGUAACGCAACAAGGGCAGAAAGUUGGACACAUUCAGUGUAUUAUCCGCUGCAUCACGGAAUUCCUCCCAGUCCAAACCCUUUUACAAUGCACCCUGGUAACCACCACAUGGGAGAGGGAAGCCCGGAAUCAACUGCACUCUCGAAGAUUCCUCCACCUCUGGGAAAAACUCCUCCCAGCUGAACCAGACCGCAGCAUGGCGACCUACUUAAGCAAACCAAUGCACCACUACGGAGGUCCCAAAAAUGUCCAGAUUACUAUCCACCAGAAAUCCAAUUUCACCCAAUUUCUCUCCGAGUUUGCCCAGUUUGCUGCAAAAUAUUCCAAAACGGUGAAAUAUCUUUUGAUUGAUUACCCAAUAACCGCGGAACCAUCCCAGUCCCACGACUUUUUUAAAAUUUGUUCCACCUUGAUUAAUCUCACUUCCUUUACGGUUGACCCAAUGAGCUGGACAGGAAAUCGUGGUGACCCCGACGUCGUACAAACUGCUUUAAGGAAAAAUUUAAUUCCAACCAAUAUUUCAUUCCCACGUGUUAGGACGCUCGGUUUCUAUCUAAGUUCAUGUCCUUUUGCACCCCACGGGGAUGAAAUAAUAAAGAACAAACUUGUUAACGACAUUCUCCCACUAUUUCCAAAUUUUGAUAGGCUCCUCGUAAACGAUGUAAUUUACCAGGGGGCUAAUUCAAAAUUAUUCGACAGGUUGUUAAAUCACACAGAGUUAUCAAGUUUAUCCCUUACGCUAGAAAACUGGGGGACACGUGACACCCAAUUGAUGAAACAUGUCAAACACAACAAUCUAUUAACGAGUCUCGAAUUAUGUGAAAUAACUGAACGAAAUGCUCCCCUGUACGAGCAACUGCUCCACCGAUUUUCUCCGUAUUUGCAAAAAUUUCACUUAUAUUCAAUAUGUUCCAACGAUCCUGACCAAUGCACCCUUCACAUCCCGAUAUUUCCAAAGUUAAAAGUUUUCAAAAUUUCGGGCGGGCUGAGAGAACGCUUUCCCCCAGCGAGGUUCAUAUUUGAGACGAAAUGUGAACAAUUUUCUCUUAAUUAUGCUAAACAAUUCCCAUCCUUGGAAAAACUGUGUGUUUGUAAUGGAUACAAAAAAUACAUUACGGGAGACGAUGUUACCGAUGAGGGUUUUUUGGAAGGCGUGGUCCCAUUUUUGUGGGACGUAUUUUUGAAAGAAAAUAUUCCCGCGUGUCAAACGUUGAGAGAGUUUGAGCUCCCGUUCCCACUAAGGGCGAGGUUUCGACUGUUUUCCACGGAUUUAGAUAAUACGGAGUGGGAGUGGAGAGAUAGUAAUGAUUAUUUUGACAGGAUUGAGGAAACUUUCCCACGUGUGGGUUACCACGUGGUUAGUCCUGCAUGGAGAAUGGAGAGAAUGGCGAAAGUUGAGAGGUUGGUAAGGAUUGCGGUGAAUUUAGGUUUUAGUGAGGAAAGGGUUGCUAAAGGGUUGAUGGAUGGGUGUUUGAUGGAUAAUAAUGUCGAGAUUUGAGUAAACAAGUGGUCAUGAAACAUGAUGACAAAUCCAUUAAAAUGCUACUAGGCAGCAUUAUAAAUCGUAUAUGGUAAAAAUCCAAUAAAAUUUCAGCUCGUUGCCAAAUUCUACAUUUUUAAGACAAACGCGACAAAUAAACAUUUCAA